AUGUCUUCCUUUCCCACUUCACCGUCGCGCUCCGACGAUGAACUCUUCAAUCCUGGCCAUGGGACUGCUUUUCACGAGACGAUCGAGACACUACCUUUGAGACGAAUUGAUCCCAUGGAUGACGACAGCGACAUCGAUACCAUGGCAACCUUACCACCCCAUCGGUCAACGCAGAAGAUGACACAGCCUACACAACUUAUCGAUCGUUCACCAGACACGAUAUCGUCACCCGUGAAUGGCGGGGUUGUCCAAGUGACAGCUUCUUCGCCCUUGGCAGCGCAGAGUCGAAAACCAAGUGGUUAUCUUGCCAGCGCCAUGGCUCCAGCCGGAACAGCCUUUCGAAGACCGUAUGUUGCUUCGCAGCCUCGGCCGCCUCCUAUCACUAUCGACAGUGACGAUGAAGGACCGGUGUAUCGUGGGGGCUCAUCGGAUAGUGAUGAACCUCGGGUGAAUGACAUCAAGCCGUCAGCUUUUGUGCGAAAGAAGAACUCGACCGACAAAAUCCCAGAGUCGCCGCAGGUACAAAGCAAUGGUUUGAGUCGUUUCAUGGAGAUAACUGCAAAGUCAAUGUUUCGAGGUUCGCCCAGCUCAAACUCGUCCACGUCUAGCGGUAUCAAGCGAUCAGCAGACCUCAUGGCCAAUGCAUAUGGUAACGCCUACAAACGACCGCGGCAAACUGCUCCCGCUCGUGCACUGCCUGUUGCUCCUCAGAAGAAACAACCAGAGCUGGAGCUGGACGAUAUUAGUGACUACAAUGCGAGGGCCAAAGUUAGGCGGAUGAUGAACAUGGUUAGCAUGGUUAGUGUUCGAGAAUGCUACGAGGUUUUGGUGUCAAAGAAGGGCUAUUACGAUGAUGCUGUGGAGGAGAUUCUUCUACUUAGUGAACGGAGGCAUGACCGGGGCAAAAAGAACGCCAUUGAUCUCACCGGCAGUGACGACGAACUUAUGCCAACCCCUGCAGGUCGCAAGGUGGCCGCUGCGCAAAAGGCCAAAGUUUCUUCGAAAUCAAUCGCAGAAAAAUGGAGCUCAACACAGAAUGUUCGGAAGCCGUCCAAAACGAUUGACGUGUUCGAUACUCCACCUCCCCAAAAGAAGAGAACACUUGUUCGAGGCCGAAAACGCACUCCUUCUCCAGUGCAGCCAUCAGAAACUGCCAGAGAACCAUCCGAGCCCAGGGUCAAACCCAUCGCCGUCUUAUCGGAUGAUUCCGACGAAGCUGAUUCGCCUGUGCUAUCCGAAACGGAAACCGACACCACAUUUAGUUCGCGACUCCUUGACCUCUUCAACAAUUGCACGGCUGCAGAUCUGACCGACACUGCGUCUAUCUCUCGUGAGCUGGCCGACUAUGUAAUUUCACAAAGGCCGUUCAAGAGUCUUGAUGACAUACGCAAGAUCCAAGACCCGAAGCUGAAACCCAGCAAGGGUCGAAGAAAGACGAAUCCUGUUGGAGACAAGAUUGUGGAUAAAGUUGAAACAAUGUUGGAAAGUUAUGAAGCUGUCGACUAUCUGGUCAAGAAGUGUCAGAGCCUGGCCAAACCAUUGGCUGAGGAGAUGAAGAGCUGGGGGGUGAACCUGUACGGUAACCAAGAUGGAGAACUGGACAUCGUUUCACUACGCGAUACUCAGCGCUCAAGUCAUGACUCCGGUAUUGGUACACCCAUCAGUGAUGAAGAUAGAGACACUGUCAAGAAGCGAAUGCCGAAGAAUUUUCUAUCUCAACCAUCGAUUAUGGCGGACGACAUUCAAAUGAAGGAUUAUCAAAUUGUGGGAAUCAACUGGUUGAACAUGCUUUAUAAGAGAGGCCUGAGUUGCAUUCUUGCAGACGAUAUGGGCUUGGGAAAGACCUGUCAGGUCAUCGCUUUUCUGGCACACCUUUAUCAGCAAGGGCGAACGGGUCCUCAUCUUGUUGUUGUGCCUGCUGCAACUCUGGAAAAUUGGCUGAAAGAGUUCAGGCGAUUUUGCCCGACUUUGAAUGUCGAGCCGUACUACACAACAAACCCGACGGAGCGAGCUCAGCUCAGGGAGGAUCUUGAAGACAGUCGGGCGGACCUUAACGUCAUCGUCACGACCUACACCUUGGCUAAAGGGAAGGAGGAUUUCCCGUGGCUCAAGAAUUUCGGAUUUGACUGCACAGUGUAUGAUGAAGGUCAUAUGCUUAAGAACGCCGAAUCCCAAGUCGCGAGCAAGCUAGUUCGGAUACAGUCGAACUUCCGCUUGUUACUCACCGGAACGCCACUUCAAAAUAACUUGAAGGAAUUAAUUAGUCUGCUUGGUUUUCUGAUGCCUUCUUUGUUCAAGGAGAAAGCACAAGAGCUCAGCAGUAUCUUCUCACAUACCGUCAAGGCCAUGGACGAAAAUCAUGAAGCAUUGCUGUCUGAACAGAGGAUCAAACGUGCAAGGAGCAUGCUAACACCGUUCAUCCUUCGGCGAAAGAAAUAUCAAGUCCUGAAAGAUUUGCCUAGAAAGGAGCGACGGGUUGAAUUCUGUGACAUUACUCCUGAACAAUCCGAGAUUUAUCAGUCGUACCUUGAUAAGGCCUACAGCAUCCGUGAACGGAAAGAAAGGGGUGAGAAUGUGACCAACGAAUCCUCCAAUAUCUUGAUGAAAUUGAGACAGGCCGCCAUCCACCCGCUCCUGUUUCGUCGAGUCUAUCCUGACAAGGUUCUACCGGCUAUUGCAAGACAAUGUUUAAAGGUCGACAUGUUCAGCGAGUCCAACCCCGAUCUCAUCGUAACAGAAUUAGAAGCCUACUCCGACAUGGAGAUACAUACUCUGUGUGAUCAGCAUGCACCACUUAAGCGAUUCGCCCUUCACAACGGAGAAUGGCUCGCCAGCGGAAAGGUGCAAAAGAUGCUCGAACUGCUCCGUACAUUCAUGUCCGAGGGCCACAAGACGUUGAUUUUCAGCCAGUUCGUCAUGAUCCUGGACAUUCUCGAGCUUGUGCUCCAACGCGAGGCUAUUGACUAUUUCAGACUUGAUGGCAGCACCAAGGUAUCUGAGCGCCAAGAUUUGAUCGAUGAGUUUUCCGCCGAGGAUAAUGAAACGCCUGUGUUCAUGCUGAGCACCAAGGCCGGUGGCGCUGGUAUCAACCUAGCGAGAGCCAACAAGGUCAUCGUGUUCGACAGCGGUUUCAACCCACAAGAUGAUAUCCAAGCAGAAAACCGCGCGCAUCGCAUCGGGCAGGUUAAAGAAGUUGAAGUCGUUCGGCUGGUUUCGAAAGGCACGGUCGAGGAGCAGAUCCACUCCAUGGGCCUUACCAAGCUCAAACUGGACGAACAGGUUGCAGGAGACGGCGCCGAGGAGCAGCCACCGAGGAAAGAGGGUGAAGAAACCGCAAAGGAGGUGGAAGGUCGGAUGAUGGUGGAGGAGAUGUUCUUCAACAAGCUGGGUCAGGAGUCUCUCGAACAACUAAAAGCCGAUGCUACCAGUCCAGUCAAGAAAACCCAGGUCGGAAAAGCGUCCGUGCCGCAAAAAGAGGGUGAACGUACAAAGUCUCGAAAGCCCAAUGGAGGAAUUAAACAAGAGGAUGGGGAAGGUGUUCAGUUACCAGCCCGCACGAAAUCAGUCGACGUGGAAGUGAAGAGCGAAGAGUGA